CAGCAGCACCUGAAUGCGAGCAACGGGAGGUGCCGGAGGUGUGAGUGUUCUUCAGCCUGUGUCCUGCUGCCGCUGGUGAUGGGCUUGCUGUUGUAGGAAUGACCGCCGAGAAGCAGCAGCCAGCUCCUGGAGCCUCCAGCCUGGUGAACGGUAACCAGCCGGGGGUGAAAGUCGAGAAGGAGUCUCCGCCGGCUUUCCCGGAGAGCUCAGCAAGCUGCCACCCCGGGGAGCUGGCCCGGGGGAGAAGGCGCAAGCGGCCGAUCCAGCGUGGCAAACCCCCGUACAGCUACAUCGCGCUGAUCGCCAUGGCUAUCGCCAGCUCCCUGGACAGAAAGCUGACCCUGGGGGAGAUCUACCGGUUCAUCACCGAGCGUUUCCCUUUCUACCGGGAGAACCCUAAGAAGUGGCAGAACUCCAUCCGGCACAAUCUCACGCUCAAUGACUGCUUCGUGAAAAUCCCCCGUGAACCCGGGCGCCCGGGCAAGGGCAACUAUUGGGCAUUGGACCCAGCCGCCGACGACAUGUUCGAGAGCGGUAGCUUCUUGAGGAGGAGAAAGAGGUUCAAGAGGUCGGAUAUUACAACCUACCCGACGUACAUGCAUGAAACCGGCGUGUUCGCCCCACUGCAAGUAAGCAGGUCUCACACAAGACCCAUGUAUGCCAAUAUGACUAUCAGUCCGAGCUAUCCUCAGCAGCUUCCUGCUAACCCUCCUCUGCACUAUUCAGCAUCGCCCUCGGCGUUCAGCAACAACCCGUGCAGGAUGUUCAGCUUCAGCAAUCACGGCCCACUGGCUCCAGGGACAGAGCUGAGUCAGCAACCCUCUCUCACCUAUCCUUCCGAACUGGCCGCUGCUGCUGCUUACCCUAACUUUGGCAGCCCCGCUUAUCAGACUCAAGCCUGCAACGGGGCACUGUAUUCCAGGCCCUCCAACGCCGUGCCCUGCACCUACACGGCGCCCAAUCCACGUCCCCCCAUGAGCCAGUCGACUUACUGCCUAGCCAGCGGCCAGAUGUACGGCGCCUCUAGCCGCCUGUCCAGCCCUCCCGCCUCCCUGAGUAAUGAGUCAGUGGAAGUCUUUGGAAGAUUGUCUCCUGGCCCGUUCCCACCUCUGCGGCAGUGUAGCAACAACGAACAGGCCAACUGUAUGAGUGCACACAGCAGACACACAGCUUACUGUGGAAAUGUGGAAGGGAUGUGAAAUGUGGAAGGUCCAUCCCACUUAGAACAGAAACUACAAAUCAUUUCUAGUGAGCCCCCGACAUAAACAGUUAAACAUUGACAGCACAUUUGACACCUUAAUUUCGAUCCUUAUGACAAUUGUCUUGCAUUGUACGUUGAUUUAAUGUACACGUCGCUGCGCAACUUAAUACUUGUAAUGUUAAAACUGUGCACAGUCCUUACGUUUUUUUCAUAAAAGUAAACUGUUUAGCAGUAUUGGU